UCAGAUCAAAAUGGAAAAUAUAUCACAUCUGGAGCAUAUUAGAAACUGUCUUAGAGAGGCGAGAAACUCCGAGGAUCUUGUCGGAGUGGUUUGCGGGGACGGAUUGAUAUCUGUGUGUAAAAUAUUACUGGCGCUUUACAUUCCAUUCCUAGAACGUCUAGAAGAGUUUUGGAAUCCAAACUUUGAUCCAGUUCUUGUUCUACCGGAGGAGAGCACGGAGGAUUUUAUCACUUGUAUAAACAGUUUCCUCUCCCUACCUGAGCACACUGAGGAGGAGAUCUCGAAACCAGAUCUCCCGAACCUUGAUCUUCAUCGAAUUGUUUACUCUGGGUCUAGGGUUGGUUCGGAGAUAGAACUUCGGUCUAUAAACCCCAACUCUCUAGUUUCCUAUAUUAUUGUUACACCCGGAGAUGAAAACCAGAUUCUAUUCCUAGAAGACGAUUUAGACUCCGAACCUUUAGGCCACUUAGAGAACCAGGAGGGCCAGGAGGAGGAGGAGGAUGAAGAAGUUUUAUUCGAAGAGGAGCAACCUGAUGAUAAAUCCUCGUCUCCUUUAUCUCCGGAUGGUAAAUGUUGGGAGGAUAUUAAUGAAGACGAAUAUAAGAUUAUAGAACAAUCUCAGACCAGGAGUAAAAAUAAACCUCAGUUUGAGCUUCGAGAGAAAAGAUUUCUAAGUUGUGAGGUUUGCUCUAGUAUGGUUUCCAAGUAUAACCUGGAGAAGCAUCUCGCCACACACUCCAAGGAGUUCUUCUGCUCUAUUUGCUCAAAUAGGUUUGCGACCAAAGUAAAUGUUGUAAUCCACGAGAGAAAUGUUCACAAUAAACCUCUGGAGAUGGAACUCAUCAAAUCAUUAAAACUAUUUUCUUGUGACAAAUGUGGAAAAGUGUUUAUCUCUAAAUAUCAUCUGUUUUCCCACAUCAGUUCCCAUACGAACAUUAAACACUUUCCUUGUGACGAGUGUGGGAAAAAGUAUGCAAGUCGAAGUAAUUUGAUAGUACACAAGAAGAUUCACGAGGGAAAUAAUAAGAAGUUUCGAUGUCCGUACGAACCAACAUGUGAAAAAAGAUUUUCCCACAAGUCAGAAGUCAAGCAGCACAAGUUCACACAUUCUAGGGUUAAAGAGUACAAAUGUAUGCACUGUGGAAACAUGUACAGUAGGUACCCCAGUCUCUGGAAGCAUCUGAAGAAGUGCUCUCUCAACCCAGACUUGAUGAAGAUGGAUUCCCUAAACGCUGAGGAGGUCGGGGAGGUGGUCGAGGAGAUACAGGAAGAUGACGGAGAGGGCAGGGAGAUAGUCCAGGAUAUACACCAGCAAGGAGAGGAUCCAUCUGGAAUCCAAGACUCUGCCAGAGGAUUCAUGGAUCAAGGAUAUCUUCAGAAAAGUAUCGGAGUUGAAAUCCAGGAACCAUCCGGAGAAAUUUCACAAUUUUAUCAAGAAAUGCUUUUUGAACCUUAAUUUAUUUAUAUAUGUAUUGUUUACCGAGCUCUUUCAAUUGUUGGCAUUAUAUGCAACUAAAUGUGAUAAUAAAAAUCUAUUAGUUUGUUAUAUUUGUUUUGUUUCAGAAA